AUGGAUCCCUCGAAAUCCAGCGCGAAGCCCGCCGCCGUCGCCAAUGGCGACGUGGUCCUCCUCAUGCCACCCGAGCAGCCCCAACCCCAGAAGCAGCAGCAGCAGCCGCCGCCGCCACCGAAGCCCACAGCGGAGGCGCCCCAAACCCCCCAACACCCCGAGAAGCCGGCGCCGACCUCCAGCCCCCAUCGCCCGCCCCUCCCCAACCCGGAGAAGCCGCCCCCGACCACGAGCCCCUCGCGCCCGCCUCUCCCUCCCGCCUCGGCGCCCCUCCUCCGGCGCCGCUCCUCGAUCGCCAAGCCCAAAUCCCGCUUCGUCGAGCCGCCGACCCCUCCAGCCCCCUCCUCCCACCCCUCCCCCGCCCACCCCUCCACCACCCAGACCCCUCGCCCCGCCUCCACCCCGCACACCCCCGGCGACGCCGACGACGACGACGACAUCUUCCGCAAGGACGGCGCCCCGGCCCACGCCUCCGCGGCCAAGUGCCGCCGCAGGGCCUGCAUCUCGCUCGAGCUCGCCGUGCUCGUCGCCUUCCUCGCGCUGCUCGUCGUCAGCCUCCUCGUGCACCCGCUCAAGGGCCGCUUCGUCUGGGGGCUCGAGAUCUGGAAGUGGUGCGUCAUGGUCAUCACCGUCUUCUCCGGCCACCUCGUCAGCCAUUGGCUCAUCGCCCUAAUCGUCUUCGUCAUCGAGCGCAACUUCCUGCUCCGCAACAAGGUGCUCUACUUCGUCUUCGGCCUCAAGAGGAGCGUCCAGGCCUGUAUCUGGGUCGGCCUCGUGCUCCUCGCCUGGUCGCAGCUCUUUGACCGCGACCUCGGUCGCCCACCAAAAACGGCCAGGAUCCUCAACUACGUCUCCAGGUUCCUCGCCUCCGUGCUCAUCGCAUCGGUUAUCUGGUUAAUAAAGACGUUUAUCAUGAAGUCCAUUGCGUCCUCCUUCCACCGGAAGGCCUUCUUCGACCGGAUCCAGGAGAGCCUCUUCCACCAAUAUGUCCUGCAGGCUCUAUCUGGCCCUCCUCUGAUGGAGCUGGCGGAGAAUAUUGGACGGGAGCCAAGUGGGCGGGUGAGCUUAAGCAGGGUGAGCGAGGAGAAAGGAACCCCCAAGGUCAUCGAUGUUGCCAAACUGAGGAGGAUGAACCAGGAGAAGAUCUCGGCUUGGACAAUGAAAGGGCUCAUCACCGCAAUACGAAGCUCUAAGCUGUCCACGAUAUCUCAAAGUAUUGAGAGCUUUGAUGAGUUUGAUGACGCGGAGCAAAAAGAUAAGGAGAUAAAUAGCGAGUGGGAGGCAAAGAUAGCAGCAAAUGCCAUUUUCAAAAAUGUUGCAAGGCCCGGCUACAAGCACAUUGAGGAGAUAGAUUUGCUGAGAUUUUUCAACAAGGAGGAGGCGGCCCUGGUGCUUCCAAUGUUUGAAGGGGCAUCAGAGACGGGGAAGAUAAAGAAAUCUGCUUUAAAAACUUGGGUGGUUAAAGCAUACCUCGACCGCAAAUCACUAGCACAUUCUCUGAACGACACAAAAACUGCAGUUAGCCAACUUCACAACCUCAUGAGAGUUCUGGUUAUUAUUAUAAUCACCAUUAUCACUCUGUUGUUGAUGGGCAUUGCGACAACCAAGGUCCUUGUUGUCAUUUCAUCACAGCUUCUUGUUGUGGUAUUCAUAUUUGGAAAUGCCUGCAAGACUGUAUUUGAGGCCCUUAUAUUCGUCUUCAUCAUGCAUCCGUUUGAUGUUGGUGACCGCUGUGUCAUUGAUGGAAUUCAGAUGACUGUUGAAGAAAUGAAUAUCUUGACCACUGUUCUGCUAAAGAAUGACAAUGAGAAGGUCUAUUAUCCAAACUCUGUGCUGUCGACAAAGCCAAUCAGCAACUUUUACCGAAGCCCUAACAUGUUUGACACUGUCGACUUCGCUAUUGAUGUUUCAACUUCAGCUGCGAGCAUUGGAGCUCUGAAAUCAAGAAUUAAAGGGUACUUGGAGAGCAAACCAACACACUGGUACCCUAUCCACACUGUAAACCUAAAGGACAUCUUGGACGUGAACAAGAUCAACAUGUCCUUGUCUGCUCAGCACACCAUGAACUUCCAGAAUAUCCGUGAAAAGAACAUCAGGAGAUCUGAGCUAGUUAUGGAGCUGAAGAAAAUAUUCGAGGAGCUGUCCAUUACCUACUACCUUCUGCCUCAAAAAGUCCAGCUUAGCUAUGCGGGACCAAACCCAUUACCCAUAUCUGUUUCCCAGGGCAGGUAGAGCGUGUGGAGAUUAACGACUGAUGACUUUGCCACGGAGGACACAGAGUUUAGGAACUGAUGGCUAGCUUGUAGUCUGUAGCUGAGCCUUUUUCAUGUCUCUACAUGCUUAGUGUCCUGUGAUUAAAUUUGUGGUGGAUAAUGAAUUGUAUCAGGACCAAGCAGCGUAUGA